CGCUUUUGCGAAAGAGGUCCUUACAUUACGACGUUCACCAGAACCACCGCCCUAAUUGACAAAAUAUAUAUGGCUAGAUUCUGAAGCCCUGCACUCGCAAGAACGACUCUAUAGCUCCAGUCCAAACCCUUUUCGUCUUCCGCCAAUCAGUUUCCACCCGCCAUGACGGACCUAAACAACGACGACCCUUUCGCUAUGCAAGUCAAGCGCCUGCAAGCAAUGGGCUUCCCAGACGGCGACAUCAACCGUGCAGCCCUCUUCAAAACAGAAGGAAAGAUCAACGCUGCAGUCGAUCUCAUCGUCUCCGGCGCACCCCUCACCCCCAUCACAAUCGAAGACGCAAAACACUACUCCCACGACGAAUCCCGCCCACCGCUCAACCCCCUCCUCACCGACUUUGACCCGCUCCUGCGGAAACAGCCCUCAUCCGCAAACCUCGGGGGUGUGAGUCCCGGCCGGUCGCCGACGACACAGACGUAUAUGCGCAAGUUCAAGCCGUUACCGCCGCCGGAGCAGCAUAAGAUAUUCCAGCUGCAUCAGAUGGGGUUUAAGCAGGAGGGGAAAUCGAGGGAUGCGUUGAAUAGGACAAAGGGGAAUGUGGACGCUGCUGUGGCGCUCUUGUUGGAGAAGGGCGAUGAGCUGAAUGAGGAUUAUGAGUGUACGAACCCGCUGCCGAAGGCCGGGACGGGGUUGGCGCCGUUCAGCGCACCGCUCCCAUCUACGAGUGGAGCCGGAUCGACAUGGACGUCCUCGUUGCAAGAGCUGAACGCUGUCAACUGGGGAGCGUCGCAGAACAGACCGGCACCUUCACCAGCGUCGAAUGCGGCCGCGCAGUCCUUGACAUGGAAUGUCCAACCUCCGUCGUACCAGCCACCAUCCACGGGCCAGGCUUGGGCGAAUCGGAGUAUUACCUCAGGAUAUGCACCUAUGCUCUCCAAUCGAUCCCCGCAACCGCAAGCAGCGGCCGCACCACCACCAAUCAACCCAUUCGAAGAUCCGUUCGCCGAUGAUUUCCGUAUCGACAAAUGAUCGCUCUGCUAGGAACGUAUCUUCUCUCAAGGCCUUUGGCCCUUUUUUCUCGUCGUCCGCCCACCAACUAUGUAGAUAUUCUCUGCUCACACCGCUCUACCUGACACAUUCUGAUGUCCCUGUAUCUGGCUACCCUGCAACAAACAGCGAAGUAGCGCAACAAUGUACUGUACGUAGUCGGAUCC